AUGGAGUCGAUUAGGUCGGACGAAUCCUCUGCGCCGGAACGUAUUCCGUACAAGACAAACGGGAAUCAAUCACGAAACGUUCCAGUCGUCGAAACGAAUUCAUUUGCAUUUCAACCUUUGCUUGUUUGUUUGCGAUUUUUUGGUAUCGAACUCGUUCCAUCGUCUUCGACCAUCGAAUCGUCCAGCAAAAGCGAACGUUACAAGACCUUCACGCUCGGUUUCAUUUUUCUCGUGCUCAAUGGAUUUUGCAAUGUUUACGCGACCCUGAUGAGCGGCACGGGAAUCAUCGAGGAGUUCAACACGAUGUUGAAUUCAUCCUCAACUGAUGGAACAAAUUCGACAAUUAAAAUAUCGACAGUGUUGUCCUGGAACAUCAUCAUCGAUUACGCCAAUUUUGGAGCACUCACUGUGAUUGCCCACGCCACCCUGUUAUCGCUUUCACAGCAAUCGAAAUGGAAAUCGCUCUGGAACAACAUCCAGCGGAUGCAUCAAGAAUUCAAAGUCAUACGCAAAACUAUGCGCCAUCUGACAAUCAUUGGACUUGUCCUGGUUUUCUCUGAAACUAUCGCCAUUGUCAGUUUCGCCGUGGAUUUCUUCCAAUUGAAGCCUGGAACAGAAGGAUUUUUACCGACCCUAUUUCCGCAUGUAUUGCAUCUAUGUGCUAUGGUCUUUAACAUUUACUCUGGAUGUGGCCUACUUCUAUUCGCGCUCGUCGGCUGGACGGCAUUGCUCGGAUUGCGUUGUCUGCAACAACAAGCGGCCACGUCCAGCAGUCGGACAUUGACGGCCAAUGAAACAGUGACGACCUUGGCUAAAUGGAAAAGCCUCCACGUUCUACUAUCUGAUGUUGUGGAUGGAAUGAACGAAUGUUUCGGUCCGAUCCUUCUGAUCUGGAUCAUUCACAUCUUCGUGGGUUUCAUCGCUACCCCGUACUACAUCAUCAAUAGUUUCUACAGUUCAGUAAGCACCGGUCGCAGUUUGCUGCCCACCAGUGUCUACCUGAUGAUCCAGCACACCUUUCAUUUGUUAAUUAUCACCGGCAUUCCGAAUGCUAUCACACAACAGGCCAUCGCGUUCGGAAAGCAGCUGCAACAAAUAGAGUUUCAUGAUUUAAAUCAUUUCCAAGAACAAGUUAACAUGUUGGCAACCGAAGUUUUGAUUGCGUUGCCUCGCAUUACGGCGAUGGAGUAUGGCGAUUUAGAAUUGUCUCUCAUUCCGACGAUGAUUGGUACUACAAUAACAUAUUUGGUCAUACUAUGUCAGUUUGAUGUCUGA